CAAGAUAUUCUGUAUAUGUCAACAACAAUGGCUGAGGCACCAGCACCACAUGCUGAAUCGGGAAAUUCACCAUCAGUUUGCUCUGACCAGAAAGCGGGACAGUCAAAACGACCAACAUGUAUUUUAGUGCUUGGUAUGGCAGGGUCAGGCAAGACAACUUUUGUUCAGAGAAUCACAUCACACCUUCAUGCUAAGAAGAAGCCACCUUAUGUCAUUAACCUUGAUCCAGCUGUCCACGAAGUUCCCUAUCCAGCAAAUAUUGAUAUCAGAGACACGGUCAAUUACAAGGAGGUUAUGAAACAAUAUUCUCUAGGACCAAAUGGUGGAAUUGUUACAUCUCUCAAUCUGUUUGCAACAAGAUUUGACCAGGUUAUGCAGUUCAUUGAACAGAAGACAGGGCAAACUGAGUAUGUGAUUUUGGACACACCUGGUCAGAUCGAGGUGUUCACUUGGUCAGCAUCAGGAACUAUCAUUACAGAAACCCUGGCCUCCACCUUCCCGACCAUCGUGGUGUACGUGAUGGACACAUCUCGCAGCAUAAACCCAGUGACCUUUAUGUCCAACAUGCUGUAUGCCUGCAGCAUUAUGUACAAGGCCAAGCUUCCUUUUAUUGUAGCCAUGAACAAGGUGGACAUCAUCAGUAACAAAUUUGCUGUGGAGUGGAUGACAGACUUUGAGGUUUUCCAGGAAGCUCUGGAGUCGGAAACGUCGUACGUGACAAACCUGACACGGUCGAUGAGUCUUGUGUUGGAUGAAUUCUAUGCAGGGCUCAAGAAUGUUGGUGUGUCUGCAAUGACAGGAGAAGGUAUCCCACAAUUCUUUGAUCUUGUACAGGAAGGAGUUGUUGAAUAUGAAAAAGAUUACCGUGCUGAGUAUGAAAAACUGAAAGCAGAGAAAGAACAAAAAGAGAGAUCAAGACAAAAAGAUCAGAUGUCAAGGUUACAGAAUGAUGUAAACUUAGGAGGUCAAGGUGACAUGGAAGUGGAUAAGAGGUUGAAAGGAAUGGUUAUCACUCCAGGUCAAAAUGAAAGUGAUAGUGAUGAAGAUUUCAGGAAUGAACCAGAAGAGGAUGAGGAAGAGCAGAGAGAAUAUGAAUCCUUUAAAAGAUUCAUCAAACUACAAAAAGACAGACAACAACAAAAAUAUGAGGCCAGUCAAGGGAUCACAGAGGCCACUCAAGGGGACAAAACAUAACAAAAGUCCCAUUCUAUUCUGUACCAAACUUGUUUUUGAAGUUGUUUUGUAUUUUGUUAAUUUGUAAACAUGACACACAGUGAAAGAAGGAUUGACACCCAAAAGAAAAGGCAGCCGUGACGAGCAUACACAUGUAUUUGUUUUAUACUUUCUUUCUGUAACUGUUCUUAAUUUUGACAACUACUGUAUGAAUAAAUG